UUGUACAUUAGUAAUCCUUAUGUGAAUUUUGAGGAAAAAAACUGACUUUUGUUUAAGAUAUAUAAAUAUCCUCUCCUAUCCCAUCCUGUGGGGACUACAUGUUGUUCCUACUAUAAACAUGGCUACAGACAUCAUUGCUCAUAUUUUCAAACCAGAAAAUGUGCCAUGAAAAGCAAAUGAUGAUUAAGCAAAAGGACAACACACGGAACAAUUUCGAUUGUUUUUUCCAUCUCUAGUAGAAAACAGCGUGGAAUGUACCAAUAUCACCAUAAGAAACGUGAUAAACACGGAUUCCACAAGUUUCUCUUGCCGCAGACGUUUACUGUAUUCAAUAAAAUUUAACCUUGUUCCUGCUGAUAUUUCAGAUUACAUUUUCCCCUAAUGUUUCAUAUUUACAGCUUCCAUUAGAGCACUCAAAUUGCAUUUCAUGGAAACUCUGUUGCAAAAUUCCAACAAAAACUGUGAAUCGGAGAUUUUUUCCAAUGAAUGUUGCAUGUGUGGUGAUGUGGGUAUUGAAAAGCAGCUCUUCAAAUGCACCUCCUGCUCCUUCAGAUAUCAGCACAAGUAUUGCAGUAGCCUGUACCCAAAUGUAGAUCUGGAUUGUUUUUCUUGCGAAUGGUGCAGGUUCGCAGAAAUGGCGGAAAGGGAAGCUGGUAACACUAAUUUCAAUAAUGAUGGCUUCAACAGGCUGCAUAGUAUUUCUGUGUCUAAUCAGGCCAAUGGGCUAAAAACGAUGCAGAGAAGAGAAGAGGGUGAAAAGAACUCUGGUAAUGGUGGACAGCGUAGUCAGCAGAAAGAAAAGCCCAAACUGAUAAUUCACGCUGGACGCCGAUACAAACGCCUUGCAGAUUUCUGAUAUUCUGUACUAUGUUUGUACUAUGGCGUCUGUUGUACAUUACUGUAUGUCUCUCUGGAUUACCAUAUAUAUGUACAUAAAAAAGUUGGGGAUUUCUGAAUUGCAAUGUAAACGAGGAGAUUUUAUAGAAAUCCACACUAAGAGGAAAAGACAAUAAUAUAAUAGUGGAACGUAUCAAUCAGACCGAAAGUUCUCUGUUGAAUCAGAUAUUUGGUGUAGAUAGAUGGACAUGUCUUCUAAUGUUCAUGAGGUUACGGAUAAUGUAUGGGACAAUGUUAUUUUGGUCUUUUGUAUUUCAGUUCUUUUUUUAA